UUGCAUAUCUAGUGUUGUCAACGUUUGCUUGUUUUUAAAAAAUAUAAAUAAUUCUAAAAAAUCCACAUUUAAUUUCUUGCUUUUUCUUUUUAAAAACAGAAACAAUUCUUGAAGGAUUUAAAUGGUGUAAUUUAUUUCUCUAGUCAAUGUGUGCCAAACAUAUAUAUAUUUAUAUAUAAAUAUUUUAGAAAAAAAUUGUAUUAAAUGUUAUCAAGUCGAAAUAUUAAUUAAUAAUUAAAAAACUAAAACUUAAAGCAGUUUACAUAAAACUUAAUUAUAUAGUUACAAUAGUGCAAUAAAUUCAGCAGAAUUGGAUUGUUCUUAGAAAGAAAUUCACCUUCAGCGUAUAAAGAAUGUACUAUAUGAAAGAAAUGAAAAACAUAAUAUUGUCUUUCUUCAUAAUUAAUAGGUUUCUGAAUGCCCAGUCAUUUGGUAUAUCUUUUGGUAUUUGGCAAACCACAACCGAUAAUAGAGUUGUAAAUAAUUUUCAAGUUUAUUGGAAUGUGCCAACUUUUAUGUGUCACAAGUAUGGUUUGUUUUUUGAAGAAGUGUCGACUCAUUUUGGCAUUAGACAGAACGAUAAAGAUCAAUUUCGUGGUGAUGAGAUCUUUAUUCUGUACGAUCCUGGAUAUUUUCCCGCCUUACUGAAAGACAAAAAGGGUAAAGUUUGGAGGAGGAAUGGAGGAAUUCCACAGGAGGGUAAUUUGACACAUCAUCUUCAUUUAUUUGAGCAGCACGUUGAAGAACAAGUGUACAAUAAGUCAUUUAGUGGGAUAGCAGUGAUUGAUUUUGAAAGUUGGAGACCAAUUUUUAGACAAAAUUGGGCAUCAUUGAAUCAAUAUCGUGAACUUUCAAUUGAAAUUGAACGUCUGAAGCAUCCAUUUUUAAGUAAUGAUGUCAUUAAGAAUUUAGCUGAGAGAAAUUUUGAAACUUAUGGUAGAAAAUUUAUGGAUGAAACUUUAAAACUUGCCAAGAAAUUACGGCCAUUUGCCAAAUGGGGUUACUAUGCAUAUCCUUAUUGUUAUAAUUUUGGACCGAAAAAUCCAUAUUCUACUUGUGCUCAAAUGGUUAAUGAAGAGAACGACAGAUUGUAUUGGCUUUUUUCGCAACAACAAGUACUCUUUCCUUCAGUGUAUUUGAGGAAGAAUCUGGCAGAAAGCAAAAGAGUGGAUUUUAUAAAGGAAAGAGUAAACGAGGCUAUUCGAGUUGCUGGAAACAUAAGUCCUAAGCCAAAAGUGAUGCCAUAUCUUUGGUACAAAUAUCAGGAUAAUUCUGAUAUUUUCCUUAGUAAAAAGGACAUAGAGGACGGAAUUAGUGAGAUCGCUAAUCGAGGAGCGGACGGUCUUGUAAUCUGGGGCAGUUCAUACGAUCUUAAUAACAGGACCAAGUGCCAAAAGCUAAAGGACUACCUAAUUGAUAUACUAGGACCAGUUAUAUACAAUAUCAAGAUUACCCAAGAGGAAACGGACAUAACCACAACUACAACCAAUUAUAACUAAAUGAAUUUAUUAAUUCAUAUUAGCAAAAGCUAUUAAAAAAAUUUAAAAUACAGAAUUAAGUUUAACUUUUGCUCAUUUCUAUGUACAUUCAUGUUUAAUUUGUUAUAAUUUAUGUUGAUAUUGGUUAUUAAUAAGCAUUAUUUUUUUAUUGACAAUUAAAUUAUUUUAUAUUAUUCAAUU